CUAGAGUAGUGUCGAGAUAAAAUCCCAUGUCUGAUUCCACUAGCCACGACCCUCCUAUCUUCAAGUUACUCGGUCACAAAGACAGAUCCCACCUACGCCGUAACAUCGAAGCCCAAGAAACCGCCAACAUGACCACCGAACAGACCUUCAUUGCUAUCAAGCCUGAUGGUGUCCAGCGCGGCCUCGUUGGACCCAUUGUCUCUCGUUUCGAGAACCGUGGCUUCAAGCUUGCUGCCAUCAAGCUCGUCAGUCCCUCCAAGGAGCACCUCGAGAAGCACUACGAGGACCUGAGCGACAAGCCCUUCUUCCCCGGACUAAUUGCCUACAUGGGCUCUGGCCCCGUCUGCGCCAUGGUCUGGGAGGGACGUGAUGCCGUCAAGACCGGCCGCUCCAUCCUCGGUGCUACCAACCCCCUCGCCUCUGCCCCCGGCACCAUCCGUGGCGACUUCGCCCUCGAUGUUGGCCGCAACGUGUGCCACGGCUCCGACAGCGUCGAGAACGCCAAGAAGGAGAUUGCUCUCUGGUUCAAGGAGGGCGAGGUCCAGAGCUGGAAGAUCGCUCAGUUCGACUGGGUCUAUGAGAAGCCAUAGAUGCAUCCUCCUAGUACAGUUGAGAUUGGCGUAACGUCAGUCGACACUUGAGGGGUACAGAUGGUCAAUGAGGAUACGAAAUGACACGAAAUGACAUGAUCGUCACGUAGAACACACAAAAAUGAGACUAUUAUUGAUCUCCAGACAACACAAUGCUUAUUCAUGGUUGAUGUGGUCUAACAACGCCAUGCUCACUCUUAUGGAUGGUCUAAAGUCAUGCAAAUCGAUAGACAGCACCCAUUCACAAGGCCUAUCGAUACGCCGAAGCAAAGCAAUAAGUUGGCUUGAUUGCGGGAGGACAUCUAAACCUAAGCUGUCUCACUCUCCACUCCUUGUUGGCUUUCCUCUUUCUUCCUGUCCGAGCCCGCUUUCACGGUGUU